AGCGGAGGGAGCGCGGGCAGCGGGGGAGGCAGCGGCGCCGCCGCGAGCCCCGCGCGCUCCCCGCCCCCAAGGUUGGGCCGCUGGGACGCGGCUGGUGGACAGACAGCGGCCCGCGGGACGGCGGAAGGACGCGCUCUCGGAGGCUCCGGUCUGGCCGCCCGCCGAAGAGUCGCCAGUAGGCCCAGGGCCCCGGCCAGUGCCCAGCCCCGCUGGGAGCCCCGGCAGCACCACGGACGGCACCCAGGAAGCCCGAGUCUCCCUGGACGGGGCCUUCUGGAUCCCGAGGCCCCCGGCAGGGUCCCCCAAGGGCUGCUUUGCCUGCGUGUCCAAGCCCCCCGCCCUGCAAGCUCCCGCGGCCCCUGCGCCGGAGCCCUCCGCCUCUCCCCCCAUGGCGCCCACGCUGUUCCCCAUGGAGUCCAAGAGCAGCAAGACGGACAGCGUGCGGGCCACCGGCGCCCCCCAGGCCUGCAAGCACCUAGCUGAGAAGAAGACAAUGGCGAACCCCGCGACGGUGGUUGAGGUCUACCCCGACAGCAGCGAGGUGAACGACUACUACCUGUGGUCCAUCUUCAACUUUGUCUACCUCAACUUCUGCUGCCUGGGCUUCAUCGCCUUGGCCUACUCCCUCAAGGUCCGGGACAAGAAGCUGCUCAACGACCUGAACGGGGCGGUGGAGGACGCCAAGACGGCCCGGCUGUUCAACAUCACCAGCUCCGCCCUGGCAGCCUCCUGCAUCAUCCUCAUCUUCAUCUUCCUGCGGUACCCGCUCACCGACUACUGAGGCCCGCCAGGCGCCCACGCGGAGACAUGUCACUUCCAUGGUCGCUGAGACACGGGCCCCUGCGAGGUCCGGCAGAGCAGGGCUUCUGCCCUGGGGCCCCUUGAGCCGGGACCCCCGCAGUGAGGCCGUCAGGAGCUGAGCACGGCGAGGGGGCCGCAAGCUGGGUCCCCCCCACCUCCGCCUGUUCCUGGGGCCCGUGGGCUUCUCCCUGUGCCGCUGCACCCCGGCUUCCAGUGCUGCCGUCCCCGCCCUCCUGUGCCCCUUCCCAGGCCCCGGGGCCCCCCGACCUGACACCCAGCAAGAAGGGCUUAUGUGGGGGCCGCCCAGGAUGGGGGGCUGCCAGCAUCGGGGACUCGUGCUCUCCCCCGCCCCCUCCUCCUGCUGCUGUGACCCUGCUCAGCUCUGUGUCUGUGAACUUCCAAUAAAAGCCCUGUGCAGC